AUGUUUUCAGGGAAAUCUAAAUAUGGAGGACUAGCAAAAUUAUACUUUGAAGAAACAGAUGGUGAAGGAAAUGUAAAGAUGGAGUAUCAUUGGUUACCAAAAAACAACUUUUGCACAGGAUCUACAUUUGUGGCCAAGCCAAAGGCAGUAGAAGAAGAUGAUGGUUGGGUUGUUACUUUUGCUCAUGAUGAAGACAGUGACACUUCUUAUGUACUAGUUGUUGAUGCUAACAACUUUGGGAAUGAGCCUAUUGCUAUAAUAAACCUCCCUCAACGCGUGCCUUAUGGUCAUCAUGGAUCUUUCUUUUUGUCUACAUAA